GCAGACAGCGCAGAUACAAAAGUAUCUCCAAAGUGGGUUGAGUGCGCGAUAGACAGUGUUUCAAGUGUUCCAAAAAAAUACCAAUUUCAAUUAAAAUGCAAAUGCAACUUUUCCUUGUGGUGGCCACGGCCGCAUUGUGCGUCGCCAUUACGCAGGCGCAGCAGCAGGGAGGCGUGGAUCCCGCCUACUUGCGGCAGUACUACCAGCAGCUGCAACAGCAGCAGCAAUCGUCGUCGCAGGGCGCCGAGACGCCCAUCUAUGAGCAAAACUCAGAGCAGACGCAACAGUAUGUGAAUGCGGGACAGCAGAUUCGCGUCAAGGACACGGUGGCCGAGCAGAUCCGCGCCCAGCAGCAGCAGCAGCAGCAGCAGCAGCAGCAGCCGCAGGGAUAUGUGGCACCAUCUCUCAGGGACUAUCAGCCGCAGCCUUUGCAGUACCAAUCGCAGCAGCAGCCACAGUCCGUGUACCGCCAGCAGGUGCAGCAGGCGGCUCCAGCACCACCGCCACGCCGUGUCCAGCAGCCCGCCUAUCAGGCACCCUCGCUCCUGGGCAAAGGACAGCAAAAGCUCUCGCUCCAGCAGCGCCAGCAGCAGCAGCAGCAGCAGGAGGAGGAGGAAUACGAUGAUCAAAACUCCUCGUACCAGUUCGGCUUCGAUGUGAAAGACGAUGAAUUCACCAACUAUCAGAACCGCAAGGAGGUGCGCGAUGGUUCCGUGAUCAAGGGCAGCUACUCGGUGGUCGACAGCGAUGGCUUCAUUCGCACCGUCAAGUACACGGCGGAUCCCAAGGAGGGCUUCAAGGCCGAGGUCAUACGCGAGCCCACCGACAUUGUGGUGAAGAUCCCCACACAGCCGCCUGCCACACAGCUCCUCCGUGCCAGCGGCCACAAGGGCCAGCAGGAGUACAGCCCCAGCCACAGCCACAGCCACAGCCCUGGCAAGCAGCAGUACCAGCAGCAUCAGCAGCAGCCGCAAUAUCACCAGUACCAGUAGAGAGUCAGUAAGAGGGCUAUCUCUCUCUUUGUCUGAAAGUUCUCUUGAAAGUUCCGCAAGUCCAUGUAGUCUGUAAUUAUGUCGCUAUCGGCAGAGAUCAUAACAUUAUUUCUGUAUCUAUAUCGUAUGUCAUUUUCAUUUAGGUUCGACUUUCAUGUUUAGAAUAUUAAAUUAAAGAAAAUUGUCCAAAAAA